UUGCAUAAAGUCGUAUAGGAAAUAAAAGUCAAUAUGUAGAGACUGAAGAAACAAAGACCGCUUGAUGUUCAGUCGUGACUGUUGAUGCAGAUCGAUUAUAUCAUGGAAAGUUUGAUUCAUCUGCUGCUGUUCUUAGGACUUUGUCUGUUCACCCAGACCAUCUCAUGUCAGUACAGUUAUAUUUUGAUCCAGCAGAUGAAGACCUGGUAUAAGGCACAAGCUUACUGCAGACAAAAUCACAAUGAUCUGGCCACUGUUCAAAGUAAUGAAGACUGGACACGUCUACAUGAAAUAGUAAAAAACAAUACAAUGAGUUCAGUGGCCUGGACUGGACUGUACAAUGACAUUAAUAGCUGGCGGUGGUCUUAUAAAAAUGAGAACAUUACAUUUACUUACUGGUGUACUGGAGAACCAGACAAUUGGUAUGGAAAAGAGGAAUGUUCUACGUUAUCAACUGUUUUGGGAUGGACAGAUAGGAAUUGCAUGAGGCUAUAUCCUCUUCUUUGUUUGGAUGAAACUCAAACAGGAGCAAAAAGAUUUGUUUUAAUCGGCAAUGUGAUGACCUGGCGUGAAGCUCAGAUCUACUGCAGACAACAUUUCACAGACCUGGCAACCAUUUGGACUAAAGCUGACAAUGACCUAAUCGUACAAAUUAUGAAAGCAGGUUUGAUCCCUGAAGUAUGGAUUGGUCUGUUUAGGGACUCGUGGAAGUGGUCAGAUGGAUCAAAUGUCUCCACAUCCCCCAUUAACUGGGAACCUGGAGACCCUAACCUUGGCGGGGUGAACCAAGCUUGUGGUGCUGCAAAUGCCAGGGGUCUAAUAGUAGAUGAACUUUGUGUGAUAACCUUUCCUUUCAUCUGCAUGCAAACGGAGUCAAUGAAAGAGAUGGUGAGAGUGGAGGUCAAAUCUGGCAACAAUCUGAAUGACCCUGCAGUGUUGGAUAGCAUCUUAAAGUUGAUAAAGCAGAAACUGAAGGAUCAUGGGAUGGAGAACACAAAAUUGACUUGGAGACUGCAACCAGAUGGAAAUGUUUUCUCACCAAAAUAUAACCAAGAUAAACAAGAUAGCAAGCAACCAAUGAAACAAUGUGUCAACACUAUAUGUUGAUGUUGGCGAUGUUGAUACAAUGUUGAGUUUUCAUCCAAAUCAAUUGAGAUGUUAAGAAUCAUGAAAGUGAAGCUGAGGAAAGGAAACUUCAUUCUAAUUUAUAAUAUUUACUAGCACAUCUGUACAGUAAUGUAUUAUUUUGUUAUGACCUUUCACCUUUUUAAAUAAUUAGUCUAUACAUUUAUAUAAAUAUAAAACUGGGGUUGCAUUGCAGUAAACUAGGGAACUUUGACUUCUGCUAUGCAUUAACAAAUCUAAACUCUAUUUUCAAAAAAUAACUAAUUGCGGGUUAUAACGGGUAAAUUCAAAUGAUUUUAACAGUUUAAGUUAAUAACUAGUAGCAGCUAUUAAGUGCUCAACAACUUUGAUUUGUUUGGUGGAGAUA